GCGGCCGUGUCCUUUCCAGCUGUGUCUGCAUGUCCUUCUAAACAAAACCACUCCUUGAAGCAUAUUGAUCCUCAUGUUGUUGACACUGACUUCUUAAGUCAGGACUUGAUCUUAUUUCAAAGACUUCAGAAGGAAUGAAAUCAGCAUGUAGAAGUUGAAGUAAUCUAACUGGAAUACUUCAUUAGGAAGGUUUUCAAAAUGGAUGCCUGGAAACCACUUCUUCUUCUCUACAUUUUCACCUUCUCUACAGAGGCAGAGGAGUCUGAAUGCAAUAUAGAUCUUUCUAUAGCAAUUGAUAUUUCAAGGAGUGUGCAGCCAGCAGCCACAAUGCUCCUGAAACAGAGACUGCAAGCAUUCCUCCCCAGACUUCUACUCCAGAUGAAGUCACUGCCAAAUACCAGCUGCAAUGCUACAGUUGAAAUUGGGUUCAAGUUCCAAGUAUUGGCACAGAACAAACAAUUAAUCUUUGACUCUGGUUUUGAAGACUAUAAUGAAGAGAUCAUCCAGAAGUUCUUAGGUGCGCAGACCACUGUGGACACCUACAUGAAUGCAGACUUUUUGCAGGCACUUGAGGAGAACUUCUUUAAUGUGACUUCUGCUAAAGUUAAGGUUCUGUUAGUAUUUUCAGAUGGGCUGGAUGAUUCACUGGAAGACCUGAAGAAAGCAGCAGACUCACUUCGCUUUAAAGGUCUUGAUGCACUUCUAUUAGUUGGCCUGGACAAUACACAGAACUUGACUGAAUUUUGGGAAAUAGAGUUUGGCAGAGGAUUUGGAUACAAUGAACCUCUGAGUGUUGGGUUUGCAGAUAUUGCAAACAUUUUGCAGAGAAAUCUUGAUACUGUUGCAGAGAGAAAAUGCUGUAAGGUUAUUUGUAAGUGUCUUGGAGAAAAUGGUGAUCAUGGUGUCCGUGGAAAUCCUGGAAGGAAGGGAAGUACAGGUUACAGAGGAUCUCCUGGCCAUCCUGGUGAGGAAGGUGGGAUUGGGGAGAGAGGCCCAGCUGGUUUCAGUGGGACUCAAGGAGACAGGGGAUGUCCAGGUGUCAGAGGCCAUAAGGGGGCCAGAGGCUAUAGAGGAAGUCAGGGUGAACAUGGUGAGAGUGGAUUUGAUGGGACUGAUGGAGAGCAGGGAGAACGUGGAUUUCCUGGACUUUUUGGAGAGAAAGGCAGCAGAGGGAAACGGGGCAGAAAAGGCCCCAGAGGAGAACCAGGUGAACGAGGAGAAUCUGGUCUAAGAGGAGAUCAUGGAGAUCCUGGGGCUAACAGUAAUGUUUCUGGCCCUAAGGGUGAAAAAGGAAACCUAGCAUCACAGGGAGACCCAGGCCCACAAGGACUCCAAGGAGAGAAGGGUGAUGCUGGCCUAGAUGGUGCAGCAGGUCGAAGAGGCCCUCCAGGUAUAAAGGGUGAGCAAGGAGAUCUGGGAGAAACAGGUUACUCAGGAGAAACUGGUUUUCCAGGCCCACAGGGCCCAAGAGGACCACAAGGGAUCAGAGGACCUCCCGGACCACAAGGCAUGCCAGGCCCUCUGGGUAGUCUGGGAAUGCCUGGUUCACCUGGCUCAGUUGGAAAGUUAGGUGUAAGAGGAGCAAAGGGUGAACCUGGUGACCCUGGAGAGAAGGGCUUAGCUGGGCCCCCUGGACAGAGAGGCAUUCCUGGCAUGGAUGGCAGAGAUGUCUAUGGUGCUGAAGGAAGCAAGGGAGCAAAGGGAGAAUCUGGAUUCAUGGGAUAUCCUGGUCCAGAGGGAGAAGAAGGAGAUCAGGGCAUUCCAGGAGCUGAAGGACCCAAAGGAAUUAGGGGUAGAAGAGGUAAUUCUGGUACACCAGGUUCCCUGGGAGAUCCAGGUGACCAAGGGCCAUCAGGACCUAUGGGUGCCAAGGGACCGGUGGGCACCAUUUUAAUGGAACCUUGUGAACUUGUGAAUUUUACCCGAAAAAACUGCCGUAAGUGGGGAACACCUUCUUUUACCUCUGAUUUCACCUAG